AGAAGCGUCCAGCGAGCCGUUAGCAUGCUAACUGCUAGUCGAGGGUUGCCAUGUUUGUACUGUGAUGCGCUGGAUGAAGCUCAUGAUGGCCGCCGCCAUGCAGUUUACCCCAGGCCGCAGUUUCCCCGUUUGCCCAGGUCUCUCUGCCGGGCGAGUUGCAGCCACCGAGCUGAGGUCUGCCUGCGCCAAAUGAGCGCAGGAACGAGGCACAAACAUGAGGCUAACGUUACCCCGGCAGCUAUCGCCCCAGUUAUGGAGAGAGGACCCUGGUUGAGUUCCCCGUGAUCUCAGCGCAGGCCACUUUGGUCUGGUUGCUUGUUAUUACCGGGUUGAAAUCGUGGAUCCGUUGCGGCCGCUCAGACCCCGGUCGCGGAGGUGGUGAAUGCACUGUCAUCAGGGGUGAGGCCUGACGACGGCCUUCUCCUGUAAGCGGCUAAUUUAGCUAGCCAGCUAACGUUAGGGAAUUCGUUUAGCUUUUUGCUUGCGUUAGGGGACUGGUUUAGCUGCUAGCUGAGGGCAGGGAACUGGUUCAGCGGCUGGUUAAUGGCAGCUAACAGCUGAACCAAUGGGAAUGGUUUUAGCUGUUAGCUAGCUAGCUAACUGGUUUAGCUAACCGGACAUUUGGCGAUUUGCUGUUGUACAGUGCUUUUAAUGGAAUAUGUAGCUAAAUCGCUAGCUGAAGUUAAAGGGUUGUCAUCAGACUAAUUUUUCUGGCUAGCCAACUGUUUAUGUUCUGCUUUAUAAUGUAUUCGCUAAUGAUCCAGAUCACCUGUUUCCGUCAUAUAAAUAUCCUACUGUCUGCAUAGCAGGCUAACUUAUCAAUGGUGGUUAUGUCAUUCUACCACCCAAGUGCGAUCACCUGCCUAAAUUAAUGUGUUCUCUGGGGAGGCAGCUAAGUUAAUUACUGUGAUCGGCCAGUGCAAUGUUGUCAUCGCUCGCCUGGUGAAAUCGCGAUUAUAAUUUUUUUAAACGGCGGAUAACUAAGUGCCGGUGUAGUGUUAGGCCUAACCGGCUACGCUAACAGCUAGCUCAGCAAACUGCACAUAGUCUAGUGCUUAGCAAAACGCUUCCAUGGCACGUAGCUAGCCAAGUUACUCCUGAAAGGUUUAAAGACAUCGAGUCAAUAACCAGUCCAGCGAUCUUUCUUAAUUAAUUGGUUACCCAUCGUUGUAGUUUUAGUGUCCUUUUAUUAUGUUUGGAACACUGAUAAGCUUUAUGUUUCCAGGUUACGUUAGGUGCUCUGUAGGUGUCAGCUGUGAUGCGUGUUUGAAAGGAAACUUUAGGGGACGCAGAUACAAGUGUUUAAUUUGCUACGACUACGACCUGUGUGCAUCGUGCUACGAGAGCGGAGCCACCACCACCAGACACACGACAGAGCACCCCAUGCAGUGUAUAUUAACCAGGGUAGAUUUCGACUUGUAUUACGGUGGGGAGGCUUUCUCAGUUGAGCAGCCGCAGUCCUUUACCUGUCCGUACUGUGGAAGAAUGGGGUACACAGAAACAUCUCUACAGGAACAUGUCACUUCAGAACACGCAGAGACCUCCACAGAAGUGAUCUGUCCCAUCUGUGCAGCGCUACCAGGAGGUGAUCCCAAUCAUGUGACAGAUGACUUUGCUGCACAUCUCACACUCGAACACAGAGCACCUAGAGAUUUAGAUGAAUCGAGCGGAGUUCGGCAUGUGCGCCGGAUGUUUCACCCUGGCCGGGGUCUAGGGGGGCCACGGGCACGCCGAUCCAACAUGCACUUUACCAGCAGCUCCACCGGGGGGCUCUCCACCUCCCAGAGCUCCUCCUACUCUCCAAGCAACAGGGAAGCUAUGGACCCCAUCGCAGAGCUGUUAUCGCAGCUGUCGGGCGUGCGGCGCUCUGCGCAGCUGAACUCGGCCGGUCCGUCUGCGUCGCAGCUGCAGCAGUUGCAGAUGCAGCUGCAGCUGGAGCGGCAGCAGGCGCAGGCGGCGCGGCAGCAGCUGGAGACGGCGCGCAACGCCACGCGUCGCGGUAACCCCGGCAACAUCAGCACCACCGUCACGCAGACCAGCAGCAACGCCAACCCCGCCCCCUCCGACAGCGCCCCACCCGCCUCCCACAGUUCCCAGUUCCUCCUUAGCAGGCUGAACGAGCCCAAGAUGUCGGAGGCGGAGCGGCAGGCGCUGGAGAGCGAGCGGGCCGACCGAAGCCUCUUCGUGCAGGAGCUGCUGCUGUCCACGCUGGUGCGCGAGGAGAGCUCCUCCGACGAGGACGAGCGCCGGGACUUCGCCGACUUCGGGGCCAUGGGCUGCGUGGACAUCAUGCCCCUGGACGUGGCCCUAGAGAACCUGAACCUGAGAGAGAGCGGUCGAGGAGGCAAGGAGCCCCCCGCCCCGCCCCUUUGAUGACAUCACACCUCGCAGACAGUGUCCAGUGCUGUAACUGCCAGUGAGAGUGGACAGCAGUUUUUUUGUUUGGGUUUGUUUUUUGGUGAUUGUAAUUUCAGGUGUCACCCUUAAUACAUUGUGUACAUUCAUAAGAGGCCGAGUGAGAGAGAGAGAGAGAGAGACAGAGAGAGAGAGAAACAUAUAUAUAUGACUAUAUAAAAAUUGAUAAUCAAUUCCACAUAACUAAUUUUUUUUUACUUUAGCAGGUAAAUGUAGGUAACGGUGGCAGAAGUUGCUCCUGAUUUAAAAAAAAAAAAAAAAAAAACUCCACAUUCAGAAGAGGAAACUCCCCAUCUCUAAUGAAGCUGCUGUCUGUAUUUAUCAAUAUUAAUGAAUAAAAAGUGCUUGGAUGGUUUACCAUAACUAGUGCAUGAGGCUACCACAGCUCGCAUGAGUUUUAAUGGCUUUGUCAUUGAAAACCCAAAGCUUUCUUUAACUGUUUUUAAAGGUUACUUGAAAAGGAUUUUGAAUCAGAUAUAGAAAAAAAAAACAAUUGAGGAAUAUUUUUAUUUUAAAGACUAUAUCCUGCACCUACAGUAGCUUCUUAAUGCAAUGUGUUCAUCCCACAGCAGGAAUCCCCCCCCCCCCCACCCCCUCCUCUGUGAUGUCAUGACUGGUCAGGUGACCCCAGUCUCCUGUUUGUCUACGGUCCUCUCAGUUGUGCUACCAGGAGGUGGCGCUGUUGGUGAACUUGUGAACUGCCAUGAAAAAAAAGAAACACACUCUCACACACACACACACAAACCCAGUUUGGAGGCCCCUGAGGAACUCUUUGAUAGAAAAAAAAAUCUAAAGUAUGGAAAACAAACACAUUGCUUAUGACGUCAUAUAUUGUGCUGUUUUAGUGAAAAGCUGUUUGGACACCAAAUGUAGUUUUACUCAUGCACUGGUCCUGACAUUCUUCCCAUCCUGCCCCUUCUUGAUUUUUUUUUUGUAUGUUUGUUUUUUUUUUUCCCCUCCUCUCAUUGGUUAGACUCUCCAGCUGAGAGGUACCCCAGCUCCAGGUGUAAGGGGAGGGAUGCAGGUGUUUAAAAGAAAGACUAUUGCUCUCUGCUAACAAUGGCACCUUCUAUUUAUUCUGAAUUUUGUCUGACAUGAUUGUUUUGAAAGCCUUGUGAUUGAAUCAUGCCUUCAUGCCUAUACUCCUCUGUAAAAUACAAUGAGAUGUACAUUGAAUUUGUGCGUUAACUUUCAUAAUGGUUGAAGGACAUGGGCGGACUUUCUUUUUUUAAAUGUAAAUUUAGAAUACAAUAAAACCUGCACACGGCUUUUGAUGAAA